AAUCUGGCUGGCCAAUCUGUGCUCAGCUGCCCUGCACCCCUUGGGCACCUUUGUGGGAAUGGAAUUGAGAUGGCCACCAAGGCCAUCCCUAUGAGAAUGGCUUUCAACCCAAGCGCCCCUCGGGACGCGUCCCCGUUUCCCCCUGGCAGGAACCCCUUGGGGAGCUGCUGGCUGCGCGCGUGUGGCGAGGCGCGCCUCUUGCUGGACAGAAGGAGAGUCCAUGGAAGGGGUUACGGAAGCGAGAGAGCCGAGAUGCCUAGAGAGGCCUGGGAAGAGACCCCUCCCUCCCCCACUUCCGUCUCUUACCUCCUCCUCCCCCCUCCCUGCUCGUCUUGGGAGGCUCCUCCGGAUGGAGAGGUCGGUGCGCUCGAGAGGGAUUCUGCGCGCAGGGCGAGGGGAGAGACUCUGAUUCACAAGUCUAAGCACGUUUUGCUAGAAAAAGAAAAUUACAGAAACGUGAAGGGGAAAUUGAGAGGAUUUCCUUUCCCCCUACUCAGAAGCAAGCGAUAGAAAAGACAGAACAAUCUGUACUUUCAUUAGUAAUCACAAAUAAACCAUUUAAAUUGUGGAAUGUAUAAUGCGAUUCAGUUAGUGAAAACGCUUAGUUCACGUCAAUGAAGUGAAACAGUGGAGACACCAUUUGAAGGCAUGGAUUGUGGAAAGAACUUCAGUGGGAGCGGAGCCCUUAGAAAACAUCAGCGAACUCACACAGGAGAGAAACCAUUUAAAUGUCUGGAGUGUGGAAAGAGCUUCAGUGAUAGCAGAAAACUAAGAAUCCAUGAAAGGAUUCACACAGGGGAGAAACCAUUUAAAUGCAUGGAGUGUGGAAAGAGCUUCACAGACAGUGGAACACUUAGAAGACACCAUCAAACUCACACAGGGGAGAAACCAUUUAAAUGCAUGGAGUGUGGAAAGAGCUUCAGGGAUAGGGAAAAGCUUACUGUACAUCAACGAAAUCACACCGGGGACAAACCAUUCAGAUGUAUGGAUUGUGGAAAGAGCUUUCGUCAGAGUGAAACCCUUAGAAUACACCAGCGAACUCACACAGGCGCAAGACCUUUUAAAUGCAUGGAGUGUGGAAAGAGCUUCAGUCAAAGCGGACACCUUAAAAACCAUCAGCGAAUUCACACAGGGCAGAAACCAUUUAAAUGCAUAGAGUGUGGAAAGAGCUUCAGAGAGAGUGGAACGCUUAGAAGACAUAAACUAACUCACACAGGGGAAAAACCAUUUAAAUGCACAGAGUGUGGAAAGAGCUUCAGUCAGAGUGGAUACCUUAAAUACCAUCAACGAACUCACACAGGCGAAAAACCAUUUAGAUGCAUGGAGUGUGGAACAUGCUUCCGUCAUAGAGAAUCGCUGAAAAUGCAUCAAUGUACUCAUACAGGAGAGAAACCAUAUAAAUGUUUUGAGUGUGGAAAAUGCUUCAUUCAGAGUGGAAGCCUUAAUGUACAUCUACAAACUCAUACAGGGGAGAAACCUUUUAAAUGCAUGGAUUGUGGGAAAAGCUUCACCAGUAGUACAACGCUUAGAAGACAUCAGGAAACUCACAUGGGAAAUGAAACAGUGGAGACACCAUUUGAAGGCAUGGAUUGUGGAAAGGACUUCAGUGGGAGCGGAGCCCUUAGAAAACAUCAGCGAACUCACACAGGAGAGAAACCAUUUAAAUGUCUGGAGUGUGGAAAGAGCUUCAGUGAUAGCAGAAAACUAAGAAUCCAUGAAAGGAUUCACACAGGGGAGAAACCAUUUAAAUGCAUGGAGUGUGGAAAGAGCUUCACAGACAGUGGAACACUUAGAAGACACCAUCAAACUCACACAGGGGAGAAACCAUUUAAAUGCAUGGAGUGUGGAAAGAGCUUCAGGGAUAGGGAAAAGCUUACUGUACAUCAACGAAAUCACACCGGGGACAAACCAUUCAGAUGUAUGGAUUGUGGAAAGAGCUUUCGUCAGAGUGAAACCCUUAGAAUACACCAGCGAACUCACACAGGCGCAAGACCUUUUAAAUGCCUGGAGUGUGGAAAGAGCUUCAGUCAAAGCGGACAUCUUAAAAACCAUCAACGAACUCACACAGGGCAGAAACCA